CCCAUAUUGACUUUCCACUUCAUUCGCAGCGGCUUCCGAGUUCGCGGCUGUCUGGUGCUGUGUUGUGGAGGCUGCAACCCGAUAAGGAUACGUAUUAAGGAGCCUUUUUUUUCGCUCGGGGGUGGCAGUGGAAGAAGAUGCACCUUUAAUGGUUAUGGAGGCAUCGACCCUGAGUACCCCUCAGAGGAAGUACAACCCAGUUCCUGUGCAGAAGAGUUUGAGUCUCCCUUCGUAUGCAAGAGCUAGUGGCGAAGGUAUCGACCACAGGCUCAUAUUUGCAGCCCUUGAGCAGAAAGAGAAAGUCCGCAGGAAAAGCAGAAUCUUUGCUAGGGAGAAAACGGCUCGACAGAGUACUAUAUUCUGCUUGCCAAUAUCUUCUGGGGCCAAGUGCAAAGAAACUUCACUUAGUUCAGAUACCUCUUGUUCGUCAUUAGAGUACCAGAAACCGAAACCUGCGCUUAAAACCAAAAAGGAUAACCCUAAGGACUCUGAGACGACGCCUAAAAACGAACUUCCGGUAAACGAAAUUAUAAACGCCAAAACGAAUCGUAUCGAAACUAAACCGAGUCAAGAUUUGGUCGGUAAAGAUGAACCGACAAAAAAUGAACUCAGCAAUUCGCUAAAAGAGCAAGAUCAACGUAAAGGCUAUCGCAGUGCCGUCGAUCACUUGAGGCCUAAUGUCGGCAGUAGUGAUAGCAUGGAACGUUCCUCGCGCAGUUCUAGCGAUAGCCUUAGUCGAAAGGAACGGCUGGUCGCUAUUAAAGCCAGGGUUGAGGCAGCCAGAGAAAAGUACGGGGAUACGUCUUCUGAAGAAGAAACUCGAACAUCCAUUACGAGGUACAACUCUGACGGAGUUAUCCAUAGGACUGUUCGAGAGGUGAAAUCAAAGUCAUCUCGCAUGGAAAAACGAAUUCGUCGUAGAUCCCAUGGUUCUCAAGAUCAAUGGCCCUCGGGAUCAAGCAAAAGGGCUCACAGAAAACAAAAUUUAAGUCUCUGUAUAAAUUCUCCAGAUGACGGCGUCAAAACUCCAAGUGGAUCAUUAGAUAUCAAUAAUGAUUUCAGUAAUUUGGAAUGCAAAACAGAUUUCUGCCCUUCUCCUAAUUUUCCCGAUUUGAAGAAGAAUUAUUAUUUUAGUGAUUUUCCAAGCAAAGAAAAUGCGGCCCGCAUUGUUCAAACGCGUAUAAAGCAUAUUGAAGAGGAAGAGAGAAAACGCAGAAGUGGUUCCGAUUUUCGCGAGAAAACAAAGUUGUCUCCUCGUCAGAGCCCACAAAAUGUGGAUACAUCUAGCCCCUUUUCAACAAUAAAUAGAAAUCAGCCUUUUAACCAAAAUUCCAGCAGCUACAACAUGGACAGAAAUACUCACACUGAUGUAGUAAAGAGCUCAUCUCCAGUCCCCAAAUCUCCUCAGCCACCAACACCUCCACCUCGAUCUCCUAAGUCAAUGACAUUUGUUAAUAAAGCUUUCAUACAACACCAAAAUGUAACUUAUUUCGGUCACGAAAAUAAUAGUUUAGAAAGAAAGGUGUUUUUCCAACCAAAUAUUUCAGCAGUGUCACAUACUCGACUUCUGGACAGAGUUAAUUCUAAGAGUGAAGCUGUCAUUAAUGACCCCAAGUCUGUAAAUGAGAUGCUCAGUGAGACAUCUGAAAAGCAGAAAAUAAGAGAACUAUUAAGUUCCCGAAGGAAAACCUGUGGAAACUUUGAUUUUGUUGACACGAGUCUUCUAAACGAUUUAAGCCCUUCUCGUGGAACCACUGCUGUAUCCAAACCAGUCUUAAUGGUUUCUAAAAACAUUGUCCCUCCUGCCGUUCCAAUAAGAUGCAUGGAAAAUAAAGGAUAUUUUUCCAGCUCUGAGACUCCUCAUCCAGCAUCUGAAAGCAUUAAAAAUAAAUUAUUAGCAAAUAAAUGGGACGAAAAUGAGAAGAGACGUGAAUUCAUGUUUAAUAGUCUUGAAAGUAAGAAGAAGAAUCCUUAUUCCUGGCUGAGAUGGCAAACUCCGCCGAAAAAUGAAAUUUGCUUUUGCCGCCUAAUUUCUGGAGAAAAAUUUUCUUGUACUUGUCAUCCCGCUGAAUGUAAAGAUAAUGAUAAAAUAUAUGUCAACACUAAUUUUCUUUAUUUCCAAAAUUCUUCCAAAAUUACGAAUUCAAAAGAAAUUUCUUCACUUUCUACUCAUUGUCCUAAGAGUAGGCUUAGUAAAUCCGAACUCAAUAUUGCAAUGGUUGAAAAGUCUAAUCCUACCGUACAAGACAUAAAAAUAGAUGAAUCUAGUUCGCUGCAUAGUUCAAAGAAAAGUUUGCUAUGCCUAAAAGACAAUUCUACUUCUGUUUGCCCCUCUAACUCAGCGUCUGCAACAGCAAAUUUGGAUAGUGCUAUGGAAGAAUUAGAAAGUGUAUACAGAAGUCUAAAAUUUAGCAGCGAUAAUUUAUCAGAAAGAAAUAGUAUAUCAAAUGUUUCUGAUGAAGAAGGCAUGAAAAAGUCGUCUAAACCUUCUUGUGAAGCAGAGUUAAAGGUAUCAUUUCAUAACAACGAUGAUUUAUUGUCGCAGUCAUCUAAAAACCCAAAUGAUAAAUUGUAUCCACAGUAUAACAAGUCGUUUACUGAACUGAAACGAGACGAGUCUCAGCUUAUCUCGAAAAACAGAGAUUUUAGCAGUAACACUUUCAGCAUCGAUGAAUUGUUUAACGAUUUGACCAGGCAAUUAGACAUAGAGCAGAAACUGUUGAAGGAAUCACGUGAUGGUAAGAAUCAAAACCAGUCUAACAACAGUCAGGUGAAAAAAUGCAAAAGUUUCAAACAUAAAAUUCGCCCAUCGCCUCUCGAAUCUAUAGUAAGCAUUAGGAAAGAAAUUUAUGACAACUUGCAAAAGAGCAGCGUUCAUCAGAGUCAGAAUCUUUGUCUUGGUGUUAAAAAUAAUGAUACUCAUGAAGAGGCUCAAGCUGCGCUGGCCAAAAAGAAAUAUAAAGCAGUUAGAUCGUUGUCAGCUAAUAUUUCGUAUUUGAUGGCAACAGCGAAUUCGGAUUCUGUUGGGUCUACUAGAACCAAUUCGUUAGUAAAUUCCGAACUAGCUAUUGUCAAAGGAGAAACGAAUUCUGUUGAAAACUCUCCUUCUAAUCAUUACGAACAUCCUGGCCUUGAGCCACCCAAGACUGAAAUUAAAUCUAUUCCUUUUCCAUCAUCUCGAAUGCCAACGAGUAAAACUGGCUGCUCUGAAGCGCAAAACCAAAAAACAGAUGAAAUUAGACAUAUUAGAGUUUCUAUGGAUUCGAGUGUGUCUCAUUCACCCCCCAUUAUUAAGAAUUCGCUUGUCGAAACAAAGCAAUAUCCUCGUCUCAGUUCAGCAAUCUCUGGUUCUCAGACUUCUCCCAAACUGGGUGUUCCUAAACGUGUGCCUCGUGAUAUCACCUCCUCUAGCUCAGUCGCCAAAGAAACUAUUGAUAUCUUGGAUGAAAGUGGUUUCGAAAAACUUUUGAAUACCCUUCUAAAUGAAGUUCCGGAGCCCAAACAAUCUAGUCUACUGCGGUCAAAAGAAAGAGGGCCAGCGACUCCACCUCCUGUUGCCGCAGAUAAAUUUGAAAAUGUGAAAUUUAAUAGAAAUUUGCCGUCUUCAAAAAUGGAUGUGUAUGUGGCUACAAAAGCUAAGAAUGAUGUUUCCAAUUCAAAAUGUAGCCCUAGAAAUUUAAGACCUGAAGAAAAUGCUCAGAAAUUCAACACUGAUUUACGCCAAAAUAACAAUGCUCAUGGAAAUAACACAUCAUUCAUACCAGUGUUUACCAAAAAGGCAGAUAUGUGCCAUAAUUUCUCUAGGAAAACAGGAGCUGUGAAUAGAGAUGGACCAAAAGAAACAGAUGAACAAAUUAAAAAUACUUUUGCUAAAAAUUCUCCUGAGAGGAAAAAUAGUGCUAUAGAACACAUUGAUAAAGUACCAGUGAAACAUUUUAAAACUCAUAUGAGAAGGCGUUCUGUAGGAUUUGAAGAUAUGACUUCUUUAAAUAUUCGCUAUGGCCAUAAUUUUGCAAAUGAUAACAGGUUUAAUCAUAUAGAGAAAAGCUGCAAUUUUACUUCAAGAUCUGGUCCAUUACGAACUACUUUUGUGGCAUCAGAAAAUGACAUUGAUAUUUCUCACGAAGAACGAAAUAAAGGUGGAAGCAGCUGUUCACCUACAAGGAAUGAAAAUGUACAGCUGGCACAUUCAGAAAAUGAAAAUGAUCCUUUACAUCAGAGAAAUGCUAAGCCAUACAAAGAUAAAAGCUCCAAAAGGAAAUCUAGUCUAAAUAGAAUAGAUUUUAUUAAUUUUUCUCCAUCUUCUGGAGGAAAUGCGUAUUACCAGCAAGAAAAUAUUCAAAAUAAAAGAAGUUCGUCUGAUGAACAGAGUGAGACAAAGUCACUUCGGCCAAAUGCAGAGUUCCUAUCUAGUGCAAGUAAAAGAAAACAUAAUUCUUCAUGUACAGCAGCAAAAGCAAUGGAGAGGAAAGUCAAUGAGGGUGCUCUCCCAAACAGCGUGAUGGCUAACAGUAAGGCAAAUUUAUUGCCGAAAACACUUCAGGACAAUCGUGCUAAAUUUUGGCAGCAUAGGUGGAAUCAUUCAGCAUCUCUUCAUUUAAAGAAGAUUUCAUAUUCAGCUGAUGAGCUAGAAACAUUGGCAGAUUUUCCAAAAGUACCUGUCAACACCGUUUCCCUUUCUGCUCAAGAACUUGAUGUUCCUGAAUGUUUGAGCUUGAAUAAUAAGGAACACAUUUUUAAAAGUUCACAAAAACUCUUAUCCUACAAAAUAUCAAAGAAUAAUGAUUGUAAUGCCGAUACUAGUCAAAACAGCUCUGGGAAACAAACAGUUACUGAGUAUGUUAUUCAUGUUUUACCACAUGAGAGAAUUUCUCCUACGGUAGUUGAAAGUGAAAUUAAUUUUGACAGCACAUCUCAGGAAAAGGAAAGCCUAAGCAUUAAUUCUAAAAUUCAGCAAAUGUCGAAUGAAAUAAGUUGUACUUUUCAAAAUUCUGAUUCACAUGAAAAUGUUGAAGUCAAAGAUAAAGAAAGUGGAAGCUGUGAACUUGAUGACUCAGAAUUGACAAAGAAUACAAUUAAAAUGGAAAAUCUUGAAAUUUCCACAGAAAAGACUUUUGUAGGUUAUGAACCUCAUAGUCCUUCAGAUGAUAGUGGUUCUGAUGGAGAGAAACGUCCAAGCUCUAUUUUACGAAAGAAAUCCUCUGAAGAGAAAAAGGAACUCCAUGGAAUUCUUAAGCUGCCAACAGAUGAUAAGCUGUCAAAAACUCCUCCUUCUAUUCUUAAACACAGGGAGAGUUCAGAAGAAAAAGAUGUAUGGCCGCAGACAGAUCUUCAUUCCAUUUUGAAAAAGUCAACCAGUGAAGAUGAAAGUUGCAACAGUGGCCCUGACAUCCGUCCCAUUCUGAAAGUAAGUACUGAUGAAGAAUCUCCUGUAGGAUCUGUAAGACCCCGUCCGAUCCUUAAAAAACGAACUAGUUUCAGUGAUGAAUGUUCAUAUGCUAGUUUUCCAAGUGGUGAAUUAAAACCAAUUUUAAAAAAGAAAACUCCACUUGCUUUAGAAGAACAGCCUCGACCAAUCCUUAAAAGUAGACGAAAAAGUGAAGAUACUCGUUCUACAUCAGAAUUAAUUACUAGCCGUCCUAGAGCGUAUUCUGCUGACAUGGGAGUCAAGUCUAACCAUGAAGCUCGAUUUGAUGGCUUGGAAUUGAAGAAAGACGAUUUCACAAAGCAUGACUACCAUGAUUUAUAACAUACUCUGAUUUUUUUACUAUUUUAGACUGCUACUUUUGAGAUUAUGUACAUUUUUUAAAAGUAAUUCGUGUACAUAUUUUUUCAGGCUUUUAUAUUUAAAGUUUAUUGUAAUAUAUUGCUGUAUAAUUUCAGUUUUAGAGUAUUUAAAAUGCAGAUUAGAUGUAAUAUAAGUGCAUUGGAAUUUUGUGCUUUGUUAGUUGUAUAUUAUAGUUUAGAUGUAAUAAAUUUAUUAAAAUUAAUUAAUGAAAACUAUUCACAAAUUAUUGAUUAAAAAAUAUUGCAUUUGUGCUUGAAGAUGAGUUUUAUAAUAUCAAUCAUCUAGAUUUAUUUAAUUAGGAAAUUAUAUAAAUUGUGUGUGCUAGAAAAGUUUAAAAUUUUAUUAAAAUACAUAUGGAAAGCCUUCCUGUAAAGUUAGAAUGUUUUUAUUAUGUAUGUUGUCUUCAUAACUUACCAUAAGAAUCAGUCAAAUAUUUUAAUGGAUAUUUGCUCAAUUUCUGAAAGAUGUGUUAUCAACUUUAUUUAGGAUUCAGUAUAUAUGAAAGUAACAUAAUUUUCUGAAUCCAGUUACUGUAGAAUUCUUUCCCCUCAGACUUCCGUCAAUUUAAAUUUGAGUUACUUUGCUAUUGUGAGUACUGAUAUUGACUUCUGUAUAUUCAUAUUUUUGCACUUAAAUACCAGUUCCUUUAUUUUCCAGCCUUAUUGUAUUGAGAGAACAAAAUAUAAGCAGUGUUGGUUUAAAGUGGUUUUAUUACAUAUUGUGGAAGAUAAUUUGGUACUUAGUAUUAUAGCAAGCACCUUAAUAGAAAUUACCGAAGUUUCAGAAUGUGCCAAUCAUGCAAUUCAGUUUUAACAACCAGCAUCGCAAUAUUUAUAUUCAUUCUUUUUAUUUUUUUAUCUUAAACUGAAUUGAAAAAUAUGUGUUUACCUGAACUGAAAGAAACUGCAGUAAAAUUUCUGCAGGAAUAUGGUAUUUUGGUGAAAAUUGCUAAAGGGAACUAUUGCUUAGAAUCUUUUCUUAAAAUAAUCACGAUAAAAUUUUUACUAGAACAUAAGAAACAAAAGCUUGCCUGUAAGUAGGUUUAUUGAUUAUUAUUUUGGGAUAAAGACCUAGUACAAGAUGAAGUAUGUCUAUAAUAAUAUAUUUAUAUGUAAUAAAUAACUUUUUGCAAUUAUAAGUCAUUAUUGUUCUUCUGUAAAUUUGUGAAACUGCUCCAAGUUGCACUAAUACGUAAGUACCGAUCAUUUCAAAAUAAGUGGAUGUUAAACAGUAAUGAAUUGUAGUUUAACGUUCUGGCUGGCAUCACUUUUUAGAGUAACUUAUGAAGAGCUGUUUUUACUGAACAUUUUUUAUCUAGAUUUAUAUAAUUACUAAUUUUACUCUUUCUUUUUGUAACCUUCCAUUCAUUAGAAUGGUGUCUAGAUACAUUAAAGAAAAUAAAAAUUUAAAAAAAAAUUGGGAGAACAAGAUAAUACAUACUCGUAACAAAUUUUAUUACAAAAUAAAAGUAGUCAUGCUCUUCGAGGGUUUAAAGCAUUAAGCUGGCAGUUUGAAUUUGUUUUCCGUGUUAUAAUCAUUUUGUAAAUUUUGCUUUCUAAAUUAGCAUUUUUAUUAUCAUUAGGUGUAAUAAUUUUUAAAACAUGCUUUUAAAUACUUUAAGAUGUGUGAAUCAUUAAGUGGAAUGGAGAAAACUUUGUACAUAACCAGUACAUUUGAACCCUGUGGAUUUGUAAAAUAAAGUAUGUUUUACAAAUGCUGGUCAAAUUCAUAAUCACUUACUCCUAAAAAUAAUUAAUAAUUUUAUUUUAAGAUGAAAUAUUUUCAAAAAUUUCUUUGGAAAUUAUGAUAGUUCUGAGAUAAGUUGAUGUUCUCCACAUAAAUAGAAAAAUAUAUAUAUAUAUAUAUAUAUAUUACUAUAUCAGUUAAUUUGAGAUGCAAAAAUAAAUAUUUCUUUGGUUAAAAAAGACUGAGCAAAGUUACUGUUAAAAAAUUAAGUCAUGUUUAAGUUUUUAAAAGUCUUAAACACAGAUAUUGUAUGUACUGGUAUUUUUGAAGAUUUGGUUAUAUAGGUUAGACUGAGUAGUAAAUUAUGAAAUUAUAUGAAAGAAGAAAAGUAGUUUGUGUUCCUGAAGCGGUUGGACAUUCCUAGGUUAAAUGAAUAUGUGUACAGUUUCUUAAUUUGCUUGAGAAAAUAUGUAUAUUCCAUUUAAGGUAGAAGGAUUUAUUUAUACAAGUAAUAAAGUGGCAAAUAUCAGCUAAUGAGUUUUAAGAAUUUGUUUAAAAUUGAAUAAAUUAUUUUCCUACCAGUAUAUCAUGCCAAAAUAAAUACAUUUUAAUUAAACUUAUUUAAAUUGGGUAAACCUUGUUCCUGUUUUGCUUGAAAUUAAAUUAUACUCAAAUUCCCAUCAUUUAUGCAACUUUAGGUUUUGUUUCUUAUAUAUUUUGAAUAAUUUUAUUGUUAUUUUUAUGUAUGCUUUCUAGGUUAUUAAGGGGAUUUUCUGGUUUUAAUUAUGUUCUAUGACAGUGAUCAUCAAACUCAAAAAGCAUAUGAGCUACUGUAAAACUUUAAUUAUUUUGUGAGCUGUGUAUUUUAAAUAUUUUUUAACAUUUUGCAUAUUAUUACUAGCUGGGAUUACAUGUUUAGGUGCAUUAUGCAUAAAUGUGAACUUCAGAAAAAAAAUAAAUAAAUAAAAAUAUACUAAUCUGCAUAAAUGAAUUAAUAUAAACAACCAAAAAAAUGUACACAGUAGUUAAAAAAAUGAAAAUCUGAGUAAAUUAAUUUGAAAUUGCAGAGACUUAAAAAUUCACAUUUAUUUUUACUAUUUUUCUAAUUUUAGGGGGUUAAAGCUUAAUUUCUCCGAUUUAUGUCAGUAUUUACCUUCCCUUGAAUCUAUCCAUCAAGAUGUUUAUCUGCAACCUGUAUUCAACAUUUGUUUUAAAUUGAUGAUUUAUUUUAAAACAAAGAUUUGUGAACUAGGUUGUUUGAACCAGAAAUGGAAGGCUAUACAGAUUCUGCAAAUGAAAUGACAUUCUGUAGUGAUGAAUUAUAUCGAGAAUUGGUCACCUGUAAGCAGCUGUGCUUUUGAAAAUAUUGUAUAGUAACUAUCAUUCAGUUUUUCAGUGAUAGUAUGUAUAAAGGAAGCUGAUAAAAACUACUGUGUUAGUUUUUGUUAACAGCUAGACUGUUCUUGCAAGCUUGAAGGUAUUUGAAUAUAACUUCAUCUCUUUUAAGUUUUACAAUAAGUUUCUUUUUUUUUUUUCAGUUCAUCUAUCGAAAUGAGAAAAUAUUUGACUCUUACUAUUUUGCCCUGGAAAUUGCCUGUAUGUUUGGAAGAAUUUUUUCUUUUUUUUUCUGAAGUUGAUUAUUUAGUUUGUUGAUUUUUUGUAUGGUAUCCACACGAAAAGCAAAUUCUGUUUAUUGUGGAGAGUUUUUUUUUUUUUUUUUUUUUUUUAAAUGUUCUUUAGUAGUCCUUUACUAACCAAUGCAUUUUUGAAUUCAGGAACUUUCCUCACUGGCAACAAAUAUCAUAUGUCAGGACUUUAAACUAGCAUCUAUGAAGAACUUUAGUUUUAUUUGUAAAUUGGUUUAACAGUGUAUUUCCUUAAUUCAUGAAAUUUUCAAUAGUUUGUGCAUACUACCUGCUGACAAAAAAAAAAGUCCUGUGAAUGAAUUAUGAAGCUAUGAAUGAUAAAAAAUGAGUGAAUGAAACCAUGAAUAAUAAAAAAAUGCUAUGACUGAAUUAUAAUAUGAAUAAAAGCAUAGAAAUACUUCCAAAUUCUGGCAUAAAGGGCAAGAGAACAUGGAACAUUAUUCCAUUUUAUCUUCAUUGCCCUUUAUGCCAGAAUAUUGUUAUUGGUUGUGAUACUCACUUGUUUUUGAAUAGGUAUGUUUUCAACAAAAAUAAAUAUUUUGGUCUUGAAUAAAUGGCACCCCUUACAGUGCAGUUUUCAGCUGAAUAAUUUUAAAUGCAUUUCUAUCAACUAUGAUAUCUGUAAGAUACAAUUAAAACCUGAUAGGAACAGCUUAAUUUUUAUUUGUACAUUAUAGAAGGGGGAUACAUUAUAGGAUAACUUAAAUGAUUUUUUGCAUUCCCUUAAAGCCAUAUUUUUUUAAAGUUAUUCCUGAAUGAAUUGGUAUGUAAUAUAUUUAAACUAUUCAUCUUUUUUGGGCAAGGGCUAAUAUUUCUCUAAAGGGAGGAAAAUAUUAAAAAUUCUGCCAUGGGCUGUCCUUUGCUUCUGAUCAACUGUUUGGCAAUCACUGUCUUAGAGCAUCAAGCAUAAUACUAUUCUUUAAGCUCAGAAGAUAAUUUUAAUUAGUGUCAGCAUUUCAGUAAGAUACUCCUGUUGAAAUUAAAUGUAUAGUGUAUAGAUAGAUAGAUCUAUUGUAUUGUUGCCUUUUUAAAUGCAGUUGUCACCAGUGUGCUGCUGAUUUUUUUUAAUGAAGCUAUUUCAGCCUCUUGUUUUACACUGUCUUUUUUACAAUCCCAAACUUCAUGUAAUUUUUCAAAUAUACAUCUUAGUUAUAAAAAAUAUACAGUUCUUAGCUGUAAGAAAAUUUUCUGUGAAUUUUCAGUGUGACAAGGUUGAUAUGCAAGAAUUAUGCAAAAUAGAAGUAAUGCAUGAAAAUAGUAUUUCUUUGUUGUCGUGAAUUUAUUUCAAUUAAGUAAAUUCAGACCGUUUAAUUAUAUAUUUAAAUCUUUUAAAAAUGAAAUUACGAAGAAAUAAAUUACCUUGUAAAAAUGUUGAUUCUUUGUGUUCAUUGCUAAAGCUGCAUGUAAUAACAUACAAUGUUUUUAAUGAUAUUAAGAAAAAACUUACAAGGUUAUGUGUAAUUUUAUGUUCUUGCUAGCUGAGUGCUUCAAACUGAAUUGUAUUGGGUCUGAUUUCUUUUAAAGAUUUGUGGUUGUGUAUGUAGCUAUUUGGCAGUGUUACAUAACUUCUGUACCCAUUUUAUGUAUUUCUGCAGUGUUACAUAACUUCUGUGCCCAUUUUAUGUAUUUCUGUAAAAAAAGGUAUGUUUCAUUAUAAACAUAUCAUAUGAGAUUAUAAAUAGGAACAUGAGAUUAUUUAACAAUCUUUUUUUUUUUUUUGGUUUUUUUUGUUUUUUGUUUGUUUGUUUGUUUGUGUGUGUGUGUAAUUUAUAUGUUAAUGCGGACUAUAGUAGACUCCCAUAUUCAAACCAAUGCCACCAGGAGUGAUUUGGAUAUGAGAAAAAUGCAAAUACAAAAGAGUAAUAUUUUAAAAACAAAACUGUAGCAUAUGUGUACCUACUAUAUAUAAGAAAAGCUUUAUUUGAUUUUGGCAUUUAUUUUUGACAAAUACAAGCAUUUUUUAAAAUACUGUGGCAAAAUUGUUUGUUGUCUCAAUCCAUAGACGAGCUGCUACAUCAUGCCAGUGUCUCAUCUUUGUCACAUCACAUCCGUAAAUUGUGCUGUUCGUCAAAUUUUAAGACAACCUAAACAAAAUAAAUAAAUAAAUAAAAUGAAAAUAUAUAUACUUUAUUAAAACUUUGAAAAGAAAAAUUUAAUGCUUACUUCUAAUACUUAAAAUGUUACCUUCAAAGACAUGGGUUUCACUUGAGAACAUUCUUAUUUAGCAUCACAGCUUUUAUUCUGCUCCUUUUUAUUUACAAGAUUUGCUUAUCCAUGAUUUCAUAAUUUGCAUCAUUGUUUAUCUCUGUGUGUCUUCUCUUUUGGUAGUUCUGUUACACUUCGAAACUUCUCAUGUAAAUUUAUCGAAUUAAUCCGUAAAACUUCUUCAGAUUUUUCAGAAAGCUUUUUCACUGGGGUAAUUCUGUCAUUCAUCAAAGAAAUUCUAAUGUUAAACUCCUCAACUGUAUUCCUCAUUAAGUCACUUCCUCAUUAAUUCUUAUGAUUGAAAUAAUUAAUUUUUUCAAUGAAGAUUACCGCACAUUUUCUUUUUAUCAACAUUUUAGCAUAAGGAAACUAUAAUAUUUUUUUGAGCUAGGAAGAUACAAGCGCCAAAGAAAAGUGCUAUGAAUCAGGAAUGCAUGCAUGCUUAUUGAAUGACUGAAAAUGUAUCCACACAGAGAGUAAUAAAGGCUGUCAUACACGUAGAGAUGGUUAAAGACAUUAUGAAAACUGUAAUGUGUAAUAAAUUUUGAAAUUUUCUAUGUGUCUUUGGUCAGUCUAGAUAUGAGAAUGUCUGUUAUUUGUUUUUAUUAAAUUAUCAGAGUAUUACCAUCUUGAAAAUUAACCAAUCUUAUAGUUAAAUAAAAAGGAACUUUUGGAAUACUGA